UUAAGUAUAUUCCACUUGAAAAGGAGUUAGUUUUGUCGUGCAAUCAAACAGUGUAUGUCUUAAGGUAUUUCACCUACUCCCUCACCAAACAAACAUUGUAGCUGGUGGCGGACUCCUCAAGGGAUAUUCAUUCCCAUACUUAUAGAAACGUCCGCCCUCUUCCGUUUCAGAUCUUCAAAAUGCAGUCCGCCGCUUUCACUCUCUCCCCUUCUCUCCCUCUCCGUAAUCUCAACCACCGUUUCACUCGCUCCUCCACUAACCUCCGUCUCUCCGCCAAAUUAAACGGCGGCGUCAAUCCCAAUCCCAAUUCCAAUCCCAAUGGCGCCUCUUCUUCUUCUUCCUCUUCCUUCACUCGUAAAUCCUGGUCUCUUUCUCCUUCCUCUUCAUUCAAAUUCAGACCUCUUCCUCUCCUUUCCACUUCCGAUCUUUCUCCUCCUAAAGCCACUUCCGAAAGCGCCGCUGAAUCUGCUGACUCCAGUUCUUUGCUCAAAACUCUUCAACUUGGAUCCUUGUUCGGAUUGUGGUACCUCUUCAACAUCUACUUCAAUAUCUACAAUAAACAGGUUUUGAAGGCGUGCCAUUUCCCUGUAACUGUUACUGUAGUUCAGUUUGCUGUUGGGACUGUUCUUGUAUCAGUUAUGUGGGCUCUUAAUCUCUACAAGAGGCCUAAAAUCAAUGGCGCUAUGCUUGCAGCUAUAUUUCCACUAGCUAUUGUGCAUACUUUGGGGAAUCUUUUCACCAACAUGAGUCUUGGAAAGGUGGCUGUGUCUUUUACUCACACUAUUAAAGCUAUGGAGCCUUUCUUUUCUGUUAUCCUUUCUGCCAUGUUUCUUGGAGAGAGGCCUACACCCUGGGUGAUUGGUUCCCUUGUUCCUAUUGUUGGUGGAGUUGCUCUGGCGUCUGUUACUGAGGCCUCUUUCAAUUGGGCUGGAUUUUGGAGUGCAAUGGCUUCCAAUGUGACAAACCAAUCACGUAAUGUUCUGAGCAAAAAGGUCAUGGUUAAACAAGAGGAAUCCUUGGACAACAUAACUCUCUUCUCUAUAAUAACAAUAAUGUCCUUCUUCUUGUUAGCACCUGCUGCUAUCUUCAUGGAGGGUGUCAAAUUCACCCCUGCUUACCUGCAAUCUGCUGGUUUAAAUGUUAGACAAGUGUACACCAGAUCUCUUCUUGCUGCACUCUGUUUCCAUGCAUAUCAACAAGUUUCUUACAUGAUAUUGCAGAGGGUAUCACCUGUUACUCAUUCCGUCGGCAAUUGUGUGAAGCGUGUCGUGGUUAUUGUGAGCUCUGUGAUCAUCUUCAAAACACCCGUCUCUCCUGUGAAUGCUUUAGGUACCGCCGUUGGUCUUGCUGGCGUUUUCCUCUACUCAAGGGUGAAGCGAAUUAAGUCAAAGCCAAAGGCAGUUUAACUUUUUCAAUGGUAAAUUUUCGCUAGUUGCAUUACAAAAUGCCAAAUAGCUGCAAAUUCUGAAUUCCUUUGUAGGUGAGAGUGAGAUAGGAAUAUGGGGAUUACACCAUUAUUGACCCCAUGCCACUGUUUUUUCCAUUUUUUCUUAAAAAGUAGUUACGGCGUGAAUUUCAAAUUUUAUAUCUGAGUAAUUAAUUACCUAUUGGUUCUGCUCCAUUAAAAUGUUGUCCUCUUUUGAAUUUUUCUCAUAUACCAACCACUUCAAGGUGUGACUUUGAACCAUGUAUCUUUAUAUUACAAGCAUAUAUGUAACGACAGUUUUGGUAUACACAAUUCAAUUUUUUCUGCUGU